GACGACCCGGCCGUGACCGAGAUAACAGCCACCGCCGCCCCUGCCCCAGUGCCGAGGGGCCGAUCUCUCGUGGGCUUCGACGAGCCCUCGCUCUCCUCCAAGACGCCCGUGCUCGUCUUCGCCGAGUCCAUGACUACCAGCUCGCCAGGAACGUCCUCGACGGCAAGGUGGAUGACGACCCUGGACCCCGUUCUCGACCCGACGACCGUAGACGUAUUCCAGACGACGCGAAUGUCUGACGGUGAGGACGUGAUCCCAAAAGGAAGAACGACCACGAAGAGAGCUUCGGAGACGACAACGGCGGCUGCAACUACAACAACUGAAGCAACUUUGACAACAGCCAAGUCAUUUGCAACCACAACUACUGGUCAGGUAGUCACGGUCACCAGUCCAAAACCGACUACGAGCACUACUACAACCACCUCAGCUCCGCCGUCUACUACCACCACUACUUCAACAACUACAGCUGGGCCGUCUUCUACCACUACAACAACGACAGCUCUGCCGUCCACUUCCACUUCGAGGCGGCCUGCCACCACGACAGUAAAGCUGCCUAUCACAACGACCGACAAGCCCACUGCUCCGUCCACUUCUACCACAACUACCACCGAGCGAUCAACUACCAUCUCCACCUCAACAACUGUCACUGAACCUCCCCCAUCUACAACAAUUUCCUCCACAUCCACUCCGUCAUCAACAACAACAACCACCACCACUCAGCGACCUCUGAGUCAGGUGACUACGAAGCCACCAUCAACACCGAGCUCCUCCAGCCGGUCUGGGAAGCAGCUUUCGCCGCCUACAACCGCGUUGCCCAGGACGACUCCGCGGCGAGGGACGACCACGACGAGGAAGUCGGCGACCACGAAGCGCACGACUCCCUUCACCAGUACGACGAGCACCACCACAACUGUAACCAGCCCCUCCACGCCUCCGACCAGCAGUGUAGUGAUGGCCGACGUCUCUGAAGAAAUGACGACGUACAGGACAACACACGUGCAAAAGGUCACCAAGGAAAUACCUAUGCUGCCUGAGGACUUCUCUUUCCUGAAUAAUUUGGUUAGUAGUGAUUGCCGCUGAAAUACGCCACUGCUGCAGAGGUACAGUAAUUUGUAUUUGUUUUCUACCUUCCCACCUGGAGGUAAAAGAAUGCCAUUCAUGUGGUUUGCAUGUCCCGUAGCCAUCCACCAUCCCUUCCACAUUCUAUCCCACAUUUAACCCUAUUCAUAACCCAUUGAUCGUUUUGUUUUUUCAUUCGUGCUCGAGCACUUGGCGUCAGCCCGGCCACGUGGGGGUGGCGGGCGCCGCGCCGGGCUGUCUGUCGUCCGUACAAAUGAGCGUGCAUGCCUUGCAUGGUGUGGGGGAUUCAAAUUUUUUGUUACAGGGUUAGACAGCCCAGUGUGUGUGAGAAGAAAGUGAAUGGAGAUGAGUAUAUAUAGUGUUGGAAAAGUUUCCAACAAAUUCUUGCGGUCCCCUUACGAAGAACUUUCCCCGAGGUGUUUUUCCCCGCCGAAACGAUCGUCCGCUUUUAGAUACGCCCCUUCGUGUAAAACCACCUGUAAUUUUGACUCUACCCACCGGGAACGCCGUAACAAGUGCAGAGUUCUGAAGUGCUUAGGCUACGCCAACCAAAGCGCCUGCCACGCACUGGGUAGGCCGACCCGCCAAGCAGCUGUGUGGAGCUGGUGGCCCGCCCUGGGUG